UGUUUUAUGAAUUGUGCCAAGUUACUGAGAGGUUUUUUACGUAACUUAGUCUACGUAACAAAAACACGCACAGUACCGACCAAGGAAGUGCACAACGGUGUUCUCUAACCAGUGCUGUAAGUUAGUAGAGUUUUGGAUGACAGGUAUUCAACAGAUACGUCCCUCGUGUUUUACCCGUCUUAUGUUGAGAUUCACCCUCCUGCAAUGGAAAAUACACCUACAGACACAUUUUUGAUAACUGGAGGAUGUGGCUAUUUUGGUUACCGCCUGGCAAGCUCCCUGCAUAACAAAGGAGCAAAGGUCAUUCUGUUCGACACAGUCCCUCCAAAGCAAGAAGUGCCAGAGGACAUUGUAUUUGUUCAGGGAGAUAUAUGUGAAUAUGCACAAGUUGAGAAGGCCAUCGCUGGUGUGGACUGUGUAUUCCACAUCGCCUCCUACGGCAUGUCUGGCAGGGAGCAGCUGAACCGGCAUCUGAUUGAGGCGGUGAAUGUUCAAGGCACACAGAAUGUCCUGAAGGCUUGUGUUGAGCACGGAGUGUCCAGGCUGGUUUACACCAGCACUUUCAAUGUGGUGUUCGGAGGCCAAGUGAUAGAGAACGGGGAUGAAAGCCUUCCUUAUCUACCUCUCCAUCUUCACCCCGAUCACUACUCCAGAACCAAGUCGCUGGCUGAGAUGGCUGUGCUACAAGCAAACGGUACAGCACUGAAGGACGGCUCAGAGGUGCUGAGAAGCUGUGCGCUGCGUCCAGCAGGAAUCUACGGGCCUGGUGAGCAGAGGCACCUGCCAAGGAUAGUUGGCUACAUAGAAAAGGGGAUCUUCAGGUUUGUUUAUGGUAAACCCAGCAGCCUGGUGGAGUUUGUCCAUGUGGACAACCUGGUGUCAGCACAUGAGCUUGCCGCCAAGGCUCUGACCUCAGAGAAGCAGCACCGCUCUGCUGGCCAGGCCUACUUUAUCUCAGAUGGCAGGCCUGUCAACAAUUUUGAAUUCUUCAGACCUUUGGUAGAGGGCUUGGGCUAUCCUUUCCCCAAACUGCGCCUUCCUAUCUCUCUCAUCUACUUUGUUGCCUUUCUCACGGAAAUGAUUCACCAUCUUAUCGGGCCCUUUUACAACUUCCAGCCGCUGCUGACACGUACAGAGGUCUAUAAGACUGGCGUGACACAUUACUUCAGCAUGGCAAAAGCUAAGGCAGAGCUCAGCUAUGAGCCUCAGGAGCACAACCUGGAUGAGGUUGUACAAUGGUUCAGAAGCAGAGGCCAUGGGAAAAAAUCUCACAGCUCUUUCCUCAGUCGAUUGCUGCUAGACAUCCUGUUUGUUUCUGCCUUUGUUGCUGUGGUUCUCUCUUUUCUUCCAUUUGUUGGCAGUUAAUGAGCAGCCAAAGCAAAAAAUAUCAGUCUGACAAUUUCCAAAAUGCUGUAUCAAGACUCAAAAUGACGAGGUCUAUCAGCACAUUUUAUUACAAAAUCAGUCAGUACUGACAGGUGCUUCACAUUUAAAAACACUUUUACACUGUAAUACCCAUCACAUGUGAAAAGAAGCAUAUCUCUGCUCUUCAGUGUCUUAAUUUUACAUCCCGGGGCUGUUGUCACUGUUAGAGACUAUAAGUCAAAUACUACCUCUGGGAGCAAAGAUUGAUAAUCACCUUAUACAGACGUGUUUUUAAUGCUUUUUUUUUGGAACUGUAAUCUGAUGAAAUACUGUCAUGAAUAAAU